AUGCCGGAUGUCGUGAAAAAACUUAACAUUUUUGCAACCACUGAUGCUUUGAUCCUUCAGCCGGCUGGAGGAUCAGAUCAUAACAACUCUCUUCGGAUCGACUUCAAGAGCAAAUCAAUUGGACCCCAUUUAAAGGUAGAGCCAGAGACUUUCAAACAGAGUCCACAUCUUGAAAGUCAUGGAAUAAUCGGUCUGUUGAAGAUUGCGUCAUCCUCAUUUUUGCUUUGCAUAACUCGCAGGGAACAAGUAGCACAAAUUUUUGGCCGACCUAUCUACGGCAUUAGAGAUAUUGCCGUACUUCCCAUCUCUUCCCAAGCAGAGGUAGAUCAAACCAUCACGAAGAUCCGAGUGGGGCUUCAGAAGGCAAAAGGCUUGCAGGCAUCUGACAUACCUUUAUCCCCAUCUGAGGAGAGUGGAGACGAGAGCUUUGACGACCAUUCCGUUGGGGAUCCUUCAGAAUCGCGGCCUCCAAUCGACGAGACACCACAGGGGGCUGGACACAAUGAGAGCACCACAAGCGUGGUGCAGAAUGUCAUUCAGCGAAAAGGAUAUGGUCAAUUUGCCUCGCAAUGGUUUUCGAGGAGGGGAUGGGGGUUAGGCAACAAGCGCACUGGGACAGUGAGCACUGAUAAAGUCCCAAGCACACAACCCGAAGACCAGAAGUCUCUAUCAGCGAUUGCCACGUCGGUUUCUGAAGUGGACCAUUCGCCUCUUAUAUCGGAGGCACUUCACCGGGAGGAGAAUGGUGACCUGGUGCUCGCGCAGCAGUCAUCCUACGGGGCCGCUACUGAGAUGCUCCCUAAAAUACUACGAGCGGCUAAACUGCUCUUCACCUCCCAAAGUUUCUAUUUUUCAUACGAAUUCAAUAUCACGAGAAGAUUUGGCAGCUCUUCCAUAACAUCUCUUAAAACAGUGUCUCCUGAAGGUUUCGAUCAAUCUUAUUUCUGGAACAGACACCUGACUUUCCCGUUUUCGAAAGCUGGGUUCCAUGCAUUCAUUAUGCCUAUUAUGCAAGGAUUCAUAGGCCAGCAGCAUUUCGUCGUUGAGAACACACAGAAUAAGACACAUACAGAAGCAACCGAACCCGAGUCCUUAGGGAGUGUAUUUGAGGCUGAUGGGAGUAGGGAGCCACCGCAUGAAACUGAAAUUGAGCUCGAUCGUUCUCCAUCCUUCCUACUGACCUUGAUCUCGCGGAGGUCUGUGAAGCGAUCUGGCCUACGCUAUCUUCGGCGCGGUAUUGACGAUGAAGGCAAUUGUGCAAAUACGGUGGAGACUGAGCAGAUCCUGUCUUCCCCAUCGUGGGAAGAUCCAGCCAAGAUCCGCUCGUUUGUGCAAAUUCGAGGCUCAAUCCCGCUAUACUUUUCCCAGUCGCCAUAUGCCUUCAAGCCUGUACCAAUUCUUCACCACUCCUCUGAGGUCAACCAAAAAGCGUUCGACCGCCAUUUUGAAGAGCUGCGGCAGAGAUAUGGUUCAGUACAUAUUGUCUUACUAGUUGACAAGCAAGGAGGUGAAAAGAGCAUAGGAGGGGAAUACGAGAAUUUUGUAAAAUAUUCCAACCAGGCUGAGAGAAGCCGUGAACUAGGCUUCAACUGGUUUGACUUCCAUACCGAAUGUCGCGGCAUGAAAUUCGAAAACGUACAAAAGUUGGUCGAAGCCUCGGAAGACACCAUGAGGUCAUUUGGCGAAACUAUGAUGAACGGCGAAAAUAUCGAACAGAGACAGACAGGCAUCAUUCGGACGAAUUGUAUGGAUUGCUUGGAUCGAACGAAUGUUGUUCAAAGUGCAUUUGCCCAGUAUAUGCUGCAGAAGGAUCUUGCAAGAGAUGGGCUAAAGAUCGACUUUGUGCACGAUGCAAGCACACAAUGGUUCAACACGUUGUGGGCUGACAAUGGUGAUGCAAUCUCUCGCCAAUAUGCAUCAACAGCAGCCCUGAAAGGUGACUAUACUCGGACUCGCAAACGAGACUACCGGGGGGCCCUGAAUGACUUUGGAUUGACACUGACCCGUUACUACAAUAACAUUGUCAACGACUAUUUCUCGCAGACUGUAAUUGAUGUAUUGCUUGGAAAUGUUACGCCCAGAGUUUUCGAUGAUUUUCAGGCCACUAUGAUGAGCGCAGAUCCAGGGAUCUCCAUCCACAAAGUUCGAGAGAACGCAAUUGACACAUGUUCCAAAAUUGUAAUUCAGCAUCAAGAGGAGGAUCUCAUCCAUGGAUGGGCAAUGCUGACACCAGCCCACACGAACACUUUGAGAACUCUGCCUUUUGAAGAAGCUAUUCUAUUGCUGACAAACCAUGCUAUCUAUGGAUGCAAAUUCGACUGGAUCACGGAGAAAGUUGCGUCUUUUGAAAGAAUUGAUCUUCGCUUUAUCACAAAAAUCCGUUUUGGCACCUACAUAACCUCAACCCUAACUGAAGGACAAAUGAACGAAGACCUGAACGUAGGCCUGGUUAUUGCUUACUCCCCCAGCAAAGACAGCAUUAAACGUGUCAACACGAGGUCACUUCAAGUUUCAGCUGCUAAAGAAGCUAAAGACAGAAGCGAAGACAGUGAAGACUCUGCGAUCUUCUCGUGGCUCUGGAACCGGAACGCUGAAUCGUCUCAAUGCAUGGCUAUGAAGGUCAUUCCAAAUCAAUCACUUGCGGAUGAGAAGGGCAAUUCAAGUCCACUUGCUACAGCAGAACACAUAUGCACUGAUAUUCAACGAGCGGUGAAGAAUAGUGUCAGCCAUGGUGAAGAAUGUGAGAUAGACCUUGUUGAAAAAGCAGAUAUCAUCUCGCGAGCGGAUGCGCGCAGCAGAACUGGAUAUCUGGAGCAAAUUGGUCAUUCAAUUAAGAAACUUGUAUGGACAUGA